ACGUUCGGUAACCGUUGAGCCGCGCACGCCGCUUGUCUUGGGAUUGGUCUUGAUUUCGUGUGGAUUCAGGAUGAAAUAUUUCACCAGACUGAGAGUAAAAAGAGUUUUUGAGUGGGGCGGGAAAACGCGGAGCUUCAACCGGAAACUCAAAACCUGCGAGUUCGACUCGUUGACCAUCAGUGUGAAAGGUCUGAAGUCAAUCGUCAUCAAGGCCGGCCAACAUGUUCUGAUCGAGGGCGAGGAUGACAACAACCCGUUUGUGGCGCGGGUUGUCAGGCUGGUCGGCGAUGAGAGCGGGAGCCAGAAGAAGGUGAUGGUUCAAUGGUUCAUGCGUGUGUCCGAAGUGCCUCCGAGCAAACUGAAGCUGCUGGGCAGAGAGCCCCACCCUCAGGAGAUCUUCUACUAUCAGGGCAGCUGUGAGGACGACGUCGACGCUGAGUCCAUCAUCAGAACUGUGACGGUCAAACAUGUGGAAGCGGCGUCUCCGUUCCCCGACUGCAAAGACGAGGACACUCUGUUCGUCAAGCUUUCAUGGGACAAAAAGUCCUUUAAGGCGGUGGACGCCGCGGUGGUGGAGGGCAGCGUCGCGCCUUCUCUUGUGAAACGGUCACUCUCGCCUUCACCGCCCUGCUCCCUGCCCGCUGCCACACCAGUGUCCAGACACCACGCCCGACACGCUCUGCCUGCUCCGGACCUCGCCGUCAUGCACAGAGCCUCUUCAGCGUCGUACGGUGCAGUGAACGGGGGCUCAGGUCAGUGCGGGGCUGCCGUCGAGGCUGAGUCACUGCACUCCACCUCAAAGAUUUCCGCCUCCAAAUGUCUGAGCAGUAAGAGGCGGAACGCCGCGAGCCGGGCGCCGAGCGUGCGCAAGAAACUGGAACUGAACAGUCCGGACAAGAACACGAGCCCUGAGGACAUCCUGGACAAGCUGCUGGAUGAGGAGCUGGAGCCAGAGUUGAUGAUGGCUCAGCGGAUGUCCUCAUCGCCACCUCAGACUUUGACUUCCUGCCAAAGUCUGAGCCCGAUCAGCAGCGCCCGCAGGACCCGUGACCAUCAGGACCGGAUCCAGCUCGGGGACCCGUCUGUGAUCCUGCACAGACUGUCCCAACCUGGGACAGAAAGUCCUCCAUUGACCAGAGACGAGUCCUCCAGGGUGCAGCUGGAUCAUAGCCCUCAGCAGAGUCCCCUUCAGGAACCAGGUUCACACGCCUGCUCAGUUCAGACACCCAGGACGCAAAACGCAGCCCUGAAGAAACACUACGCCACUAGAGGGCAGACGUCUAAAGUGGACGACGAGGACACGCCCACACUGCCAGCCGCCGCCAGCGCCACCAUGCCGCGGAGCUCCAAGAGGAAGUCUGUGCAGGCUGCGUCGUCGCGCAUCAGGAAGCAGCUAAAACUUAUGGACACCCGCCAGGACCAGGAGCUGGACUCGGAUGGAGAGGAUGAGUUUGUUCCGUCCCUGAAGGAGCUGCAGAGCAGCAGCGAUGAAGACGACGUGCUGGAGGGCGACAAGGAGCUGAUGAAGCAGCAGAGGUGCCGGUCCGACACCACGGAGCCACGCACGCCUCGAUCCACUGGGAAGGUCCGCUUCUCAACCAGAACGCCAUGCAGAACUCCCAGAAGGAUGGUAAGACCCGGUCUAAGUGGUACCACUGAACAACACAUUCUGCACGCCACGCCCAACAUCCCAAACAGGUCGCUGCCGGUACGACAACCCACAAAUGUUCUGGAGGAGGCCCGAGCCAGGCUCCACGUGUCCUCGGUGCCGGAGUCUUUGCCCUGCAGGGAGCAGGAGUUCCAGGACAUCUACAGCUUCGUGGAGAGUAAGAUCAUCGAUGGGACCGGAGGCUGCAUGUACAUCUCCGGCGUUCCCGGCACGGGGAAGACGGCCACGGUCCACGAGGUGAUGCGCUGCCUGCAGCAUGCCGCCGACGCCGAUGAGAUUCCUCCGUUCAGCUUCAUUGAGAUAAACGGCAUGAAGAUGACGGAUCCUCAUCAGGCCUACGUCCAGAUUCUGCAGAAGCUGACGGGUCAGAAGGCCACGGCUGAUCACGCAGCGGCUCUGCUAGACAAACGGUUCAGUAACGCGGCGCCCAGGAAGGAAACGACUGUGCUGCUGGUGGACGAGCUGGACCUCUUGUGGACCAGGAAGCAGAAUGUGAUGUACAGCCUGUUUGACUGGCCGACGCGGCGCCACGCCCGCCUGGUGGUGCUGACCAUCGCUAACACCAUGGACCUGCCGGAGAGGAUCAUGAUCAACCGAGUUGCCAGCAGACUGGGUUUGACCCGGAUGUCUUUCCAGCCAUACAGCUUCAAGCAGCUGCAGCAGAUCAUCACAUCCAGACUGAACAAGGUGAAAGCGUUCGAGGGCGAUGCGCUGCAGCUCGUGUCCAGGAAGGUGGCUGCUUUGUCAGGCGACGCGCGCCGCUGUUUGGACAUCUGUCGCCGAGCAACAGAGAUCUGUGAACACGCUGGCAGCGGGUUGGUGUCAGUGAGUCAUGUGAUGGAGGCGCUGAACGAGAUGUUUUCCUCAGCCUACAUCGUCGCCAUAAAGUGUGCAUCUGUUCAGGAGCAGCUCUUCCUUCGGGCCGUGAUCGCAGAGUUCCGCCGGCUCGGACUGGAGGAGGCCACGUUCCAGCAGGUGUUCGUCCAGCACCAAGCCCUGUGCCGGGUCGAAGGUCUGCAGCCGGUCUCCGUGUCCGAGGGUCUGACCCUGUGCCAGCGUCUGGGCUCCUGUCGCUUACUGCUGCUGGAGCCGAGCCGCCUGGGCGUCCUGCAGCGCGUCCGGCUCAACGUCAGCCAGGACGACGUCCUGUACGCCCUGAAGGCUGACUGAGCCCGACCCGGACCGCCGCCGCGCUGCUCGACCCCAAGCCAGAACCCCGAGACAGAUUUUACUUCACUUUGCAAAACGUGAAUUCCUGAAAUGAAGCAAUUCAGUUCGAAUGUCAAAACUGUUUGAACUUUUUUCCUCCUUGUGAGAAUUAAUUUUCUUUUCUUUGUACUUUUUUAAUGUCUGUUUGAUGUAAAAUGUGACUUUUAAUCUUUUAGUAUAUUUAUAGUUUUAUGUUUCAGAACUUGAAAUGACUUAUAUCAUUAGCUUUGUGUUGCCAUGGCAACACAAAACAUUGUUUUUGAAAUAUUUUAUAAUAUAAAUUGACUCCAACAUGCUUUAUAGUCACAUUACUUUUUGGGCCUCAAAACAUUUUUCUUUCACCUUGUUUAUUUUUGUUUAUUAUGUUGUUUUCAUCGUUGUCAUGGUGAUG